UGGGGCAUCCUCUAGCCGCACCGGGUUGUGGGCUCCGUUGGCGCUCUGUCGUUGGCUCCAUCGCAAAAUCCAUCGACCGCGGAGAUAACUUGGCCGCGAAAUUCUGCUGUGAGAACUAAAUGGUUCUUUCCCUUCAGCUCCCCAGCUUUUCCGCCCACCACCAACUUCCUCCAGAUUGGGGGUGCUGCCGCCGUCUCCACCUGGCCGAAGUGGCGCACCUCCUUGCGCCUUCUCGUCAACCCGAAACCCCCUCUGUUGAUGAGACACACCUGGUCUGUGGUUCUGCCGACGUAUACGACUCUCGAAGGAUUAUUCAGACUCGGGUCACCACCCGGGAGAUGAUGGCCGGGUUUCAAGACAACCCGCCCCCGGCCAUGGAUCCCCGUCUCGGCGAUGGUCCGAAUGCCGUGCCGCCUCGGCUUCCAUCAGUCCAACCGUCGCAAGACACCACGCAAACGCCAACGUACGCCGGGCCCGACGACACCACCGAAAUCACGACCCUCUACCUGACCUUUGCCACCGCGCUACCGACAGCAAACACCACCAUCCGCCACCCCUCGAAGCCGCAGCCACGACCGGACGACUGCCCGCCCCCGCCUCCGGAUCUAACCCCAUACGCCAACCCGCAAACCUGGCCCGACUCGCGCAAGUAUGCCAUGCUCACGCUCUCCUGCAUCGCCACCUGGCUCACCGCCUACACGGCGGGCUCCUACUCGCCGCCGCAGCACCUGAUCCAGGCGGCCCUGGGCCCGCCGCACCCCUCGCUCGAGGCCGUGCUGACGGGGAUAACAACCUUCUGCCUCGGCUUCGCCUUCGCGCCCAUGGUCCUGGCCCCGCUGUCCGAGAUGAACGGCCGCUACCUGGUGUUCGUCGUGGCCGGCACCGUCUACGCCGUGUUCCAGGCCGUCUGCGGCGCCGUCGACACGCUGGCCGGCAUGCUCAUCGCGCGGUUUCUGGUGGGCGUCGGCGGGUCCGUCUUCAGCACCAUGGUCGGCGGCGUGAUUGCGGAUAUGUGGGAUGCCAAGGGCCGGAAUUUGCCCAUGGCUUUCUUUAGCGGGAGCGUGUUGGCUGGGACCGGGAUGGGCCCGCUGGUUGCGGCCGUCAUGGCGCAGCGCAUGCAGGAUGGGAGCAGGUGGAAGUGGAUCUUCUGGCAUCAGGUUCUGAUGAGCGGCGUGUUGAUGGUCGCCCUGGUGGUGUUCUUCAAGGAGAGUCGCGGGUCGGUGUUGCUGUCGAGGAAGGCGAAGGCGUUGAAUAAGUGGUAUGAGAAGCUGGAAAAGCAGGGUUAUUUUGGAGUGUGGGAUGCCGAAGUCACUGGGGAGGGGAGUCCAAGUGCGGCCUUGUUUGAGGGUGAUGUUGCGGAAAAGAAGUCGAUCACGGAGUGUGGGCAAACACAAACGACUAUGGGGCUCAGACGCAUCCGUUGGCUGGUCAAGGAGGAUGAGGAGCGAGCUUCGCUCGGCCAGAUGAUCGCCAUUUCGGUCUCACGGCCCUUUCACCUGUUGUUUACGGAGCCGGUCGUCUUCUUCUUCUCCCUGUGGGUGGCGUUCGCCUGGGGCGUCCUCUACCUCACCUUCGGCUCAAUCCCGCUCGUCUUCCAGCUCGUCUACGGCUGGUCGCUCGAGCAAGCCGGCUACGUGUUCACCUCGCUGAUCGUCGGCGCCGUCCUCGCCACCUCCAUCGGCAUCUGGCAAGAACAAAUCCUGCGCCAUCCCAAAUGGGCAAACCCCAGCGCUGAACCUUCCAGCGGGGGCGACACAUCCGACAGCUCAAGCAGCAAACCCUGCUCUGCUCGGGUCAUCUCUUCCUCCAGCUCUGACCGCAUCUGGGCCUUUCUCCGCCGCCACUUCCCCGCCUCGGCCCCCGAAUCUCGCCUCUACUUCACCUGCCUGACCAGCACGCUGCUCCCGAUCGGCCUCUUCAUCUUCGGCUUCACCGCCCGCGCCGACACGCACUGGAUUGCGCCCGCCAUCGGCCUGGUCUGCGCCACCAUGGGCAUCCUGCUCAUCUACCUGGCCGUGUUCAACUACUUCGCCGAUACCUACCACGUAUACGCGUCGUCGGCGCUGGCGGCGCAGUCGUUCUGCCGGAAUGUGCUCGGCGGGGCGUUCCCGCUCGUCACGAGCCCGCUGUUCAAGAACCUGGGGGAGGCGAGGGCGGGCGGGUUGCUGGGCGGUAUUGCGACGGCGUUGACGGUCGUGCCGUGGGUGUUGGUCUUCUUUGGGGAGAGGAUCAGAGCAAGGAGUGCGUUUGCUAGACAACUGGAGAAGGCGUGAAGGGGAGAGAAAAGGAGGGGUUUGCCCAUCAGGAACCUGAACUGAUGAUGCAUACAGGACAGGAUACCCACAUUUUGCAUCCUUUUUCAGGCUAUAAUUGUUCUAUUACUACACAGCA